AUGAACAAGGCGACGAUUCUGGAGCUGGCGAAGGGGUUCCGCGGGCGCGCGAAGAACUGCAUCCGCGCCGCGAAGCCGCGCGUGGAGAAGGCGCUGACGUACGCGUACCGCGACCGGCGCACGAAGAAGCGCGACAUGCGCGGGCUGGCCAUCGAACGCGUCAACGCGGGCGCGCGGCAAUACGGGGUGCGGUACAGUGAGAUGGUGCACGGCAUGCAGCAGGCCAACGUGCAGCUCAACCGCAAGGUGCUCUCAGAGAUAGCCGCCUCCGAGCCCUUCACCUUCCGUGCCCUCGUUCACCUCGCCCGCCAAACCCUCAACAUCCAACGGCCACAAAUCCCCAUGUGA